AAUAAGGUAUUGUCCAAUCAGGAUUUGUUUGUAAUCAAAAUUGAUUACAGGUAAAAGGUAUACAUGUAAAUGUAUCUCACUUUCUAGCCGUCCUUUGAAGUGUACACAUCAAAAUGGACGCCGAACUUCAAGAGCAGAUCAGAAUUCAAGUCUCGAAUAUUCUGACGGUAAACCAAAAUGACAUGAUGAACCAAAUGCGUUCGAUUAUAUCCAGUGAAAUGGGAAAGAUGUAUGUGCAACAACAACAGCUUGCAGAAACACAGGUUUCCAAGAUAGAAGCUACCUUGACGGAUGGACCCAAAUUCAAGAAACGAGGGAAUGAAGAGCAAUUUAAGCAAAACGUGAAAGUGCUCAGCAAAAUGAAAGAAGCAGACAGUAUAUUGGACGGUAACAAUCCAACGCCAGAUACCGUAUGCAAAGCCAAGGAGAAAAAAGUAAAAUCACAAAAAUACUGAACUCAGAGGAAAAUCAAUUUGGAAAGUCCAUAAUCACAUGGCAAAAUCAAAAAACAAAACGCAUCAAAAACGAAUGGACAAGAACUGUCAUAUUCCUGACUUGGUACAGAAGUUAGCGGAAGGUAUUUCUUUAAUGAACUAUAGACAAAAGUUAAUACGUAUUGCUGAUUCGUCCGAGCUGGGCUGGCGAGUUGUACAUGAAUAUGAAACCAACCCGCUUGCAGAUGAUUCGGAGGAUGAAAGGAAAUUGUACAAGGCUGAAAACAGAGCGGAAAGAAAGGUGAAAGCUGAUAAGACAAAGAAAGCUAGACGAGUGCAUCCCUACGUACAACCAGCAGAACAAGCAGUUACUAGUAUGACAAGAAAACCAGGCAGAUGUUUUAAUUGUGGUGUAAAAGGUCAUUGGAAACAGGAAUGUCAUGAGAAACAGCAAAGAAAAAAUGAUAAGAUAAGUAAAAUUAAUACUUUAUAUAGGAAUAAUAUAGAAGUACACGUAGAUAAUUUACGUACAAAGGUUGAUACAAUUAAAUCACCAGUUAAUAGUUUGAGAAAACACAUAAACAAAUGGAAAAGCAUUCAAGCAAGUGAUUACAUUUUAAAUGUUAUUGAAAAAGGGUAUAUGUUACCGUUAAAAACUUUACCUGAGAAUGUUUUAUUAGAUAAUAAUAGAUCAGCUAAAGAAAACAAAUCAUUUGUAACAGAUGAAAUCGAGAAAUUAUUAUCUAAAGGGUGUAUAUCAGAAGUAUUUGUAAAGCCUAAGGUUGUUAAUCCAUUAACGGUUGCAGGAAUAGGUUUGAGAGACAAAAUUAAGGAUGAUGUUAAAGAAGCCGGAGUAGACGAGGAAUCUGAACUUUUCAAGUAUGCAGAACAUAUGUCCAGUUAUAUUGUGAACAGUAGAAGUGAUAAUACAGCAAAAUCGUACUUUUAUGCAUUUAAACGUUGGGAAACAUUUAUUAAAAAACAUGGUUUUCAAGCUUUACCAGCACAGCCGGUUCAUAUAGCUUUAUAUAUAACUUACUUGCUUGACACUGGUGCUACAUGUAACACUAUUAAUGCUGCUAUAUAUAGUAUAAAAUGGGUGCAUGAAAUGAGUAACUUUGCAGAUCCAACUAAAAAUUCAUAUAUACAUUCAUUACAAGAAUCUGCCAAGAGAGUGGCUACUGUUAAGAAACACAAGAAGGAACCCGUUUCAUUAGAUAUGUUAUUGAAAUUGUGUAGCAUGUUUUCAGAUAGCCAAGAUUUACUUGUGGUUCGUGAUUUAACAAUGAUUUUACUGUCUUUUGCUGGGUUUUUGCGUUUCGAUGAGAUUAGCUCUCUUUUGUGUAAAAAUGUUGAAGUUAAAUCAGAUUAUUUAAUUUUGUAUAUAGAGAAGAGUAAGACUGACCAGUAUCGUAAUGGUAAUGAGGUUUUAAUUUCCAAGGGGGAUACCAUUGCUUGCCCAUAUAAGAUGUUUUUGAAAUAUGUAAAUCUUUCAGGUGUCAUUUUGGAAUCAAAUUUUUUCCUGUUUAGACCUAUUUUUCGUUCUAACAGUAUUUGUAAACUUAUAUAUAAAAACAAAAAGCUUAGUUAUACUACAGCCAGAGAAAGCAUUAUUUCUAGACUGAAACUAGUUUCAAAAGACCUGAAGCUUGGAUUGCAUUCAAUGCGGUCAGGUGGUGCUACUGCUGCAGCAAAUUCGGAUGUCAAUGAUAGGGUAUGGAAACGACACGGUCGUUGGAAAAGUGACAGUAGCAAGGAUGGUUACGUUGUGGAUUCAGUUGACAAAAGGCUGGCUGCAAGUGACCAAGCAUUUGGGGUUGUAAACAUUUUUUGUUUUUCAUUACUUCCGGUUCCCCCUAUAUUUGUAAGUUUUCUAGCGUACUUGACGGGCUAG